CCACAAGUCCUGUCCCCUCCCGCAGCCCCUGGCUGCUUCCUGUCCACACCACUGUGUGGCCUGUGUCAUGGCUCCCUUCCUUUUUCAUGGCUGGGUAAUAUUCCAGUGCGUGUCCUGUCCCUUCAUUCGCUGAUGGUGACCGUGGGUACACAGCUGCCAUGCCCGGUUAUCCAGGCCUCGGCUUCUCUGUACGUGACCAGCCUCCCGAGGACGGGGGACCCCUCCCCACCUGUAGCAUUUCGUGUACCCCAGGUGUACAGCAGCUCCGAGUUCCUGGCUGUCCAGCCCACCCCUACCUUUGCUGAGAGGAGCUACAGUGAGGACCGGGAGGAGGCGUGGGACCACAGCAGUGAAGGGGACGGUGGCCACCGGCUGAGCACCGAGGUCCGGCUGAGGUCCUGGACGUCCUCUGGCUCCUCCUGUCACUCAGCCUCGUCUCAGCCCGAGCGGGGACCCAGCCCUUCUCUCCUGAGCACUGUCAGCCUGGACGCCAUGCCCAGGUUUGCCUUCUCUUCCGAGGACGAGAGGCCCAGCCCAGGCCCGGUGGACUCCAAGAAGCCGGUGUUCAUUCUGGGGGAUCCCGACCCCCCUCCGCCCACCACCCCCGUCACACCCAAGCCCUCCAGCCUUUCUGCUGACACGGCCCUCAGCCAUGCCCGUCUGCGGAGCAACAGCACUGGUGCGCGACACUCCACACCUCGGGCCCUGGACGCCGGCCGGGGUCGCCGCCUGGGGGGCCCCGAGAAGUGCAGGGUGUCCCCCAGUGGCAGUGGCACCAACGCCAGCAGCGGGGGACGCGUGCCCAAGUCGGCCUCGGUGUCUGCCCUGUCACUCAUCAUCACGGCAGAUGAUGGCAGCGGUGGCCCCCUCAUGAGCCCCCUGUCCCCUCGCUCACUGUCCUCCAACCCAUCCUCCCGAGACUCAUCCCCAAGCCGGGACCCGUCCCCCGUGUGCGGCAGCCUGCGUCCCCCCGUGGUCAUCCACAGCUCAGGCAAGAAAUACGGCUUCAGCCUGAGGGCCAUCCGGGUCUACAUGGGCGACAGCGACGUCUACACCGUGCACCACGUUGUCUGGAGCGUGGAGGACGGGAGCCCCGCACAGGAGGCCGGGCUGCGCGCCGGGGACCUGGUCACCCACGUCAAUGGCGAGUCCAUCCUGGGCCUGGUGCACAUGGACGUCGUGGAGCUGCUGCUCAAGAGCGGCAGCAAGCUGGCCCUACGCACCACGGCCCUGGAGAACACGUCCAUCAAGGUGGGGCCGGCCCGCAGGAGCCUGGCCAAGGGCCGCCUGGCACGCAGGGGCAAGCGCAGCCGGCGGCGGGACACGCAGGACCGGAGGAAGUCACUGUUUAAGAAAAUCUCCAAGCAGACGUCCGUCCUGCCGUCCAGCCGCAGCUUCUCCUCCGGCCUCCACCACUCUCUGUCCUCCAGCGAGAGCCUCCCCGGCUCGCCCACGCACAGCCUGUCCCCCAGCCCCACCACGCCCUGCCGCAGCCCCGCGCCCGAUGGCCCCGCGGGUGCCACACAGGUUCUGCCAGCGUCUGUGCUCUUCCGCACGUGUUUCCUAGGCCACAGGGGGCCAGGCCUGAAGCCGUUGUCCUUCCUGGGACUAGAGUGGACUGACCCCACGCUCUAA